GGAGGACAGGAACAAUGAGCACUGAAGCUGACUGGCCUGAGAGAAAUUCAGUCUAUGUUUAGUGAGGGGCCAUGUGACUGGUGUCAUCGGCAUGCCUGACAUGGCUGGGCUGUGUCCGCGUUUGCUCACUGCCUCCUCCCUCGUCUUUUCACUCUCCCUCUCUUCCUCCCUUAACUACUCAUUCUGUCGACGCCGUGUCUGAUCCUGAAGAAGUGGAAAAUGUAAGUUCGGGCGAGUGAACAGAGAGCCCAUGCCUGCAGCACCAUGAAUGUGUGUAACAGCACUGAUCUUCCUGAGGUGGAAAUCAUCAGUUUGCUCGAGGAGCAGUUGCCUCAUUAUAAGUUGAGAGCUGACACAAUAUACGGCUAUGACCACGACGACUGGCUCCACACCCCUCUCAUCUCACCCGACAUUAACCUCGACCUGACCACUGAACAGAUCGAGGAGACCCUCAAAUACUUCCUUCUAUGUGCUGAUCGAGUGGGCCAGAUGACUAAGACAUAUAAUGACAUAGAUGCUGUGACACGUCUCCUGGAGGAGAAAGAGCGGGAUUUGGAGUUGGCGGCUCGUAUUGGCCAGUCGCUACUGAAAAAGAACAAAACCCUUAGCGAGAGGAACACCUUCCUGGAGGAGCAGGUGGAGCACAUACGAGAAGAGGUGUCUCAGCUGCGUCAUGAUCUCUCGAUGAAGGAUGAACUCCUGCAGUUCUACACAAGUGCAGCUGAGGAGAGUGACGGAGAGUCUGCUUCUACCACACCUAUCCGCAGAAAUGACUCGUCUUUCACGAUCCCGAAUUACCUCCCUCUGGAUUCACUACAGAAAAAACUCAAAGACCUGGAGGAAGAGAACAUCGUCCUGCGUUCAGAGGCAAAUCACCUGGAGACAGAGACCAUCUCGUACGAAGAAAAGGAACAACAGCUUGUAAAUGACUGUGUUAAAGAGCUCAGAGAUGCUAACAUACAGAUCUCUACGAUUGCGGAGGAGCUGGCUAAGAAAACAGAGGACGCCUCUCGCCAGCAAGAGGAAAUCACGCACCUCCUUUCUCAGAUCGUGGACCUGCAGAAAAAAGCCAAAUCUUAUGCACUAGAAAACGAAGAGCUCACCCAGCAUCUGGGAGCUGCUAAAGACGCCCAAAGAGCACUAACAGCAGAGCUGAGGGAGCUGGAGGAUAAGUAUGCUGAAUGUAUGGAGAUGCUUCAUGAAGCUCAGGAGGAGCUGAAGAACUUCAGGAAUAAAACGAUGCCUCUCAGUACACCGCGGCGAUUUCACUCGCUCGGGCUCUUCCCCAUGGACUCUUUAGCUGCUGAAAUUGAAGGCACCAUGAGGAAAGAGAUUCAGAUGUCUGAUCCAGAAGUAGAAGAACAAAGGUUGCACCCUAAACGUGUCUUUGCGACAGUGCGUAACAUCAACCAGACUGUUCGGCAGCGCUCCAUGGGCCCGUCCCCCUUGAACAUCCCAGGGUCCAAUCAGACAUCCUGUGUGAAUUCCAGGCGUUCUAGUUGUCGGAGCACACCCCGAUCGAGCAUGUAUGGAGGGGAUGGUAUUGAAAUGGACAACCGCACUAACAGUAUGCUGAUGGAAAGCCAGUCAAAUCAGGACGGCUCUGAUGACUCUAACAGAAAACCUGGCACGCCUGGCACACCCGGCUCCCAUGACCUGGAGGCGGCACUGCGUCGUCUUUCGCUUCGCCGGGACAACUACCUUAGCGAGCGGCGUUUCUUUGAGGAGGAGCGAGAGCGUAAACUCAACGCCCUGGCAGAAGAAAAGAGCGACUUGUACCAGGAUAGAGAUGGUGGGAGUGGCAGUGAAGACAGCCGCCCCCUCACACCGGCAGACAGCAUCAUGUCUCUGGGCACGCUGCAUUCGGUUUACUCCAUCUACAGCACCCGAUCCUACCUGCCGGAGAAACUCCAGAUCGUCAAGCCUCUGGAAGGUUCGGCCACAUUACACGCAUGGCAGCAGCUCGCUCAGCCCCACCUGGGCGGCAUCCUGGAUACACGACCGGGCGUCGUGACCAAGGGUUUUCGCUCGCUGGAGCUGGACCUGGAGGAGGUGUACCAGUUCACUGACCUGGAGGAAGACGAGCCAGGACAGCAUUCCCAGUCUGCCAUCUCUACCUCUUGCCUGGGCUCUCUGCCUUGUUCACCUGCUUUGCGACGACCUCGUGCCAACAAUCCUGAUAACCAGGAAGAGCAGCUCAGAGAAAAUGGAGGGACCCCUGGAGUGGGGCCAGGCCGAUUGGAGGCUGGAGAGGAGGAGGUCUCAUCUGUGCUUUUCCCUGGUAAAUGUAUGUCUCACACCAGCUCCACGUACACCUUCACCACCUGCAGGAUACUGCACCCUACAGAUGAACUCACCAGAGUCACACCCAGUCUGUUGUCAGGUCCAUCACUGGCUUCCUGUGUGAUGUCCAAUAGCAGUCUGCGCUCAACCCCUGUUUCCACCCCCUGCACGCCUCGUCGCCUCAGCCUGGCGGAGAGUUUCACCAACCUCCGCGAUUCAACCAAGACCACCAGUACCUCUCUGGGACUAGUGCGCCUCCUACAGGAGAGAGGUAUAUCUGCUGCUGUCUAUAACCCUCUCAGUUGGGACCGAGCGGAUCGAGCCCCUCCACCAGACUCCUGUUCAUCACACACUGCCACAUCUACUCACACUGGCCCGGACACGCUCCCCUCCACCCCUCCAAACUCCCCCAGCAAGUCCAAACCCACAAGUCCAGUGCUCCCUGUAGACUACAGCCCUUCGGACCCCCCCUACGAAACCUUCCUGGCUUCACGUCCAGCCAGCUCGAUUCUGAAGGAAGUGCGGGAGGCGGACGAAAGGGCUCGGACAGAUACGCAAUGUCAGACUGAAGUCAGUGUCCAGAACUUGAGACUGGUGGACAAGGUGAAGAAGUUUAGCCUGGCUCCCAGAACUUUGACCCCAGGGAUCGGAAGGCCAGGACCGGCGUUCGGGGCCCACGCUGUUGUGACUUCCCCUAUCGGGGGACUGCCAGUGCUGAACUCAGGGAUGAGAAGAAAUCGCAGUUACCCAGCUAUGGUUGGGGCUAGUAUGGCUAUGAAGGGUCCGGGGCCUCCAAGUGAGGACCUGCUGUUGGCCCCAAGGCCACCUAGACAAACUAGCCUCAGUGAAAAAUGAAUGUUGCCUCUCUAUCGUCCCUUUUUGCCUUUUAUUUCUUUAAAUUUGCAUUGAUACAGUAUCAUCCCUGCGACAACUUGAGUGCCUGUUAUUAAGAUGAUAUUUGUAUAGAUUAUUUUGUUAUAACACUUGCUAUAACAACCUAUUUUUGUCUAUUCUCUGUCCAUCUGACCAACAUAUAUAGAGUACAAUUCAUUCAGCAUUGUCGCAUAUCUUGGUAUAUUCCAAGCUUUUGUCGUUGUGUGUAAAAAAAAAAAAAAAAAAAAAAAAAAAAAGGACAAUUUGCACUUGCUAGCUGCGAGACAAUGUAGCAUACAGAGUGGAAAAUUCAUGCCCCAAAAUGACUAAUUUAAGCACUUUUUGAAUUGAAAAACUACUCAAGGAUAAGCAAGAAAAUGUCUUUGUUGUUGUAAAUCUGGUCUUCCAAUGUGACAUUUCAAGAUUGGUUAAUUUCGUGAUGCUAGCAAGAGCACUGAUAGCACCUUAAUGCUAAUGGUUGCCCAGACAUUGGUGAACAAUGAAAUCAUUUAUUAUUUAGGUCAGAAUUUACUUUUGAAUGGCCUUGUAGUGCUUUAAUUCAGCCCUAUAGUGUGCCGAAAAUCUGUAAAACAUGCUUUUUUAAGUACAAACACCUUCACAGAAGCCUUUUCCAUCUAGUCCAUCUAAUUAAAUACCUGCGGUGUAAUAUUAAUUGUCUAAAAUGGCUUAUUAAUGCAUAAUACAAUAGUAAUUACAGUGUAAUAGCAGAGUUCAGUGAUACAAGGGCGCUGUUGAUGUGAAUUGGUGAUAAUUUGCACAUUAGCACAAACUCUCUGCGCAUUACAUCCUCAAAAGUCGACUGACUGAAAUACUUCAGAGAGAAACUGAGACCACGGGGCUGUGAAGGUGCUGCAGGAAGAAUUGCAGCAGGUUUGAACUUGAAACACAAUCGUGUCAUCCUUUAAUGUCCUUUUGUUGAGACCAACAUUAUUUAUAAGUGUAUGUGUGGAUGUACAUGGCAUGUGGAAUUGCAGUAUCGAAGACUUGGGAAAAUUGCACAACUACAAUUUCAUUGGUCAAAAGGAUGCCAGGUUCAACUGAAAAAACUGCUGUGGUUUUGGAACCUACUGACUGAUGUGUGUCAUAUGUUAAGCAAGUAAAGUAUGUAUUGUAAGCUUUAAAGAUUUCAAGGGUGCAAUAGGAAUUUAUAGUGCCUGAUUUUUUUUUUUUUUUUUUUUUUGACAGACUGUAUCAUAAUGGCUUCGCCUGCCACUGUAUGCACUGACAUAAAUACUGUAACUAUGUGUGAUGUUGACUUCCCAAUGCAGAUAUUUGAAGGAUAUAUUAUAAUUGAUGUAGUGUCGAGGAAGCACAUAGAGAAAGUGCAUGAGUCAUUCUAAAGAAAAGGUCUGUGUGUUUUCUUUUAGUUGAGGCAAAUUUAAUUUGUCAGGUGUAAAUGUGUGUGUACUGUAUGUGUGUGUGCGCAUUUAAUCAGCAUGACCUUCGUUGAAUGUGUUUCGGAACCACAGAGGUAUCUGCCAUGACUGAACAUUGAUUUCAAUGGUGUGUUUAUUUCAUCAGAUUACUGAAGGAUGUUUUACUUGUAUAUUGUAAAUGGUAAAUAUGCAAAGGAUUUAAACAUGCUAACUUUUAUAUAUAAAAGCAAAAAACCUAGAGGGAAAAAAAAAAACUAAAAAAAAAAGGAAAAGUGA